UGAAAGACCAAACGACUGAACCCUCAGCUGCUGCAGGAACCAAAGUGGUGUGAAGGUCGAUGUAAUGGCAGUGAUUAUCUAAAAUUAGACAGAGAUUCUCUGGUUUCAUUUACACUCACUGUUCACAACUUCUGACUCAUUUGAUUCAUAUUAAAACACAGUAAUUUUAGAAAAUGCUGGAUCCACAAAGUUGCUGUUUUAAGCGUUUAAACAAAAGGAAAGUCAACAUUAUGUUAAAGCUAACAGUGGUCUACCCCCCGUCUGUAGAGUUGUAUUGUCAGAUGAACAGUCAAGCUACAUGUGCACUGCAGCAGUGUCUGAUCUCAGUUGAAAUGGGACUGGAUGUUUUACUGAGCAUAAAUCCCAUGCAAAGACUAAAUUUACUCCAUUUGGCUCUGGGAGUUGAAGAGGCUCUGGAAAUAAAAAGACUGAGAGAAAUGCAGCUGUUCAUGCCUUAAAUGAACUCCAGCAGGUGAUUCUACGAGAGGAGGAAUAAAGCAGGCAGGAGGAUUUUUCUGAGGAGCAGACCAGGUUCUUUACAAAGUUGUUACUUUAGGUCAUCAUGUAGAAUUUAAAUUAACUUCACAAUUUUUGUAUCAUCAGCUGCCAUCUUUUAGAAACACUUCAAAGCUUGGUGUCAGCUCAGUGUUGAGAAGAAUGGGGUCAGGUCCUGCAGCCAUUAGCAUGUCUCCACUUUCAGCCUGUGCUGGGGAGGGGCCAUGGGGGUUUGGAGGGUAAAGGGGACAGAGGGGCUGUAUUUUUAUAAAUCAUGUGCUCUGCUGCAGGACUGACAGUGAUAAAGGAGAGAGACUGGUGAGCCUUUCACACAGGACAGACAGAGAGACUCCGGCCUGAGCUGGUAUUGAAAAAGAGCAACACUUAAUAAAAAUUCUAAAAGGUUUCCUUAAGAAGACCAGAAGGCCAGGAGACCAGAAGACCAUGGAUCUGAAGACGGAAAACUCCUCCUCUAAUGGCCUCUCACCAGACGUCAGCCUGGAGAAGUUACACAAGAUGGCUGAAGAUCUGAUCCUGCCUGGGAGGUUUAUCUUCAGGGUCCUGAACGCAGCACUAGAGUUUAUAACAGACUUACUGGGCAGACUUUUAGGAAGCUGCCUGGUCAGACGACAUUUCCACCUGGUGCUGUCUGGUCUGGUUCUGUUUGGACCCGUGCUCAGCCUCUGGGUGUCAAAAUUCAGUAUCUUUGCAAACAGCCACCAUUUCCUGUACAGGAAAUUUCUAAAAUCCACCUGGGGUUGGACCUGGGUCUUCAGCGGUUCCUUCAUCAUCCUCCUCUCAUUCUCAGCUCAGCGUUCACUUUCUCUCUCUCUCCGACACCUCUCGCGGAUAGGGGUUGUGGGGGUGCUCUGGUGGGGGAGUCGGUGCCUCUUGACCUUGCUGGAGGACGCAGCAGGGACCUGUUAUGAACCCGUAACCCCCCCCCAGGACUCCCAGAGCCUGGCCUCCCCCAGACCGUCGCUACUGCUCCUGCACGAAGACCAGACCAAGGCCUCCUGCCUCAGAGCUAACAUGGUGUGGAGGGGGUACGAAGUGUCCCAGGAUGUCCUCAUCCUCUGCAUGUGCUGCCUGUUGCUGGUGGAGGAGCUGUCUGUCUUUGGCCCUUGUGUAUUACAUGCCAAGCCCCUGCAGAGGUCCCCAGGAACCCCCUUAAGAUUCAUCUUCCUCCUGUGUGCACUCCUACUGGUCUUGUGGAUGUUUCUGCUGCUGUGUCUGCUGGCACACUUCCCCAGCUUCCCCUCCCAGCAGCUGGGGGGCGCUCUGGGCUACCUGGGCUGGAAAGCACUUUAUCAGGGAUGGUACAGACUCAGACAAAGCUGGGGCUGUCCUGGUUUACCAGGAGAAGGACUCAUUAUCUCCAUGGACAAACAGCCUCAUUACUGUUAAACUCUGAGGAGAAGACACUGAAAGGUCAAAGGGCUUCUCACUAGAGCUGUGAAGAGAAUCUAAGACAUGACGUGUAUCUUUAUAACACUAGAGAAGUCAUUUGAAUAAAUAAUGAGUUCAGGCAGA